AGAGCGCCACGGCGAACUGAAGCUGAAAAGACAAGACUUGCGAAGGAAUAUUUGUCUUCCAUCUCACUGACUCCCGUUGACUUUCUCAAAACUCUUAUCACCGAGGGCGAAUUCUUCUCAUAUCAGCAAGGUCUAUAUCGUGCAUCCUCGCGACAGAUUCCUGAGCUCCUUGACGCACUCUGGAAUCAUGACCAGAUCCAUCAUCGUGUUGUGGAAUGGAUGGAACCAGUAGCAGCGGAACUCGUUGCGAAGAAGGUCUCUGUUGAAUUUGACCAUGUGAAGCGUCGGUUCUUCAUGUAUUCAAAUCAAGUUACACCUGAAUUUGUCACCACAUGGUCUUUUCACGAAGAGAUGACAGACGCACAUGUUCAUAUGCCGAUGUGGAAUGCAGUACUGAAUGCGGCGACACAGAGUAGCAACGCUCAAGUGAAAAAUUCGCGCCGUGAUCCAACUCUUGUAGGCUUUAAGAUCCACAUUCUGUCUCGUUCUUUCCUCUGA